AGAGAGAGAGAGAGAGAGAGAGAGAGAGAGAGAGAGAGAGAGAGAGAGAGAGAGAGAGAGAGAGAGAGAGAGAGAGAGAGAGAGAGAGAGAGAGAGAGAGUGUUCACCUCUAUGUCAUCCCCUCCCUCACUCAAUCUCUAAAAGUCACAAUAAUUUAUGACCAUGAAAACACAAGUCAUUCCCCGCCCUCCCUAUCCCCCCACACCUUCCCCUUCUGCACCCUCCCCACCCCUACAGUCACCCCAAUACACCCCUAGACUGUAGUAUCACCCCUUCUCUUUGUCACCUCAAUACACACCUCUUCUAAUCUUCCUGUCACCUCCAAUAUCACGCUCAAUACAAUCUCCUCUUUCCUUCGUCACCCUAACACAUCCUUCUCCCCACUUCGUUUAGUCACCCCCCACUAUAACCCCUCCCCGUCAUUUCCUCCCCUGCACCAACUGGCGGUACACCUUUCUCCACACACACACACACACACACACACACCUUAGCCUCAGUCUUCCUCGAGGUGUCAUUCAUAACACACACGAAAACGCACACUCAACGCCGUCAUGUGUACACGCUGAACACACACACACACACACACACACACACACACACACACACGCCAUGGCCUCAGUGCCGCGUGUACCCAGUGUGUGUCUUAGUCUGGGCAUCUUAACUCUAAUGCUCUAUAUCACGUUCACCCCAACAAGGCUCCGCCCUACACCGCGCCCCUCGCCCCAUAUACCAGGCAGUAGUAGGAACAACAACAACAACAACAACAACAACAACAACAACAACAACACUAUCAUCAUUAACCAUAACAGCACCAUCAUCAACAAUAGCAACAAGAGCACCAGCACCAGCACCACCAAUAUCAACAACAACAACAACAACAACAACAACAACAACAACAACAACAACAACAACACGGUGAACAAAAGCGACCAAGAAGGAAAAACAGCCUCGGGAGGAAAGGAAACUCUGAAUUUUUAUGAGGCUGGCGAUGGUGGCGACAGGGACGAUGGAGGAGGAGGAGGAGGAGGAGGAGGAGGAGGAGGAGGAGGAGGAGGAGGAGGAAGACGCAGUGGUGGUGGCCUGCAUCAAGAAACCCCAUUGUCCCCUGGCGUGGAAAACCUGCAUGUAUUUAUAAAAGAACAGAACGAGGUUAAAGAGUGCGAUGUAGAAGUGAAUUUGUCCCCGUGUCCUUGUGAGCGCACUGUGAGAGCCGCCCUUCCCCGCUGUCCAGGUCCAGGGGCAGCACGGGUGGUGGCCAGUGUCAAGGCCGCCUUGGGGGACUCCACGUGCAGCGACUGGGCCACAGCGAGGGGCGGCAACCAGCGGGUGAUAAGCUACAGCCUGUUCGGAGCUUUCCCCAGUCCCUACCACCGGGGAAUACAAGAGCUAGCAGGGCAGGUACACCGCGCCUACCCUGACUGGACUAUGAGGGUACACCACGCUCUUAAUUUGUCCAUACAGGCGCAGAGGGAGUGGCUGUGUGGCUUGGCGUGUCAGCACCCUCAUCUGGAUUUCUGCCAUGUUGCUCAUCUGUCGGGAGGCGUGGGUGACCUCCGCGGCUCGGUGGGGUCAGUGUGGCGCGCUGCAGUGUUGGGUGACCCUCUGAUUACCCGCUACAUGAUAAGGGAUGCAGACGCGCCACUCUUGCCCCGGGAGGUGGAGGCGGUGAAGGACUGGCUCUCCUCAGACAAGUGCUUCCACGUGAUGCGAGACAGCCCCCACCACGACCAGGCAGUGAUGGCGGGGCUGUGGGGGGGAUGCGGGGACUGGCACGCCCCGGCACUGCCCAGACUAAGAGACCAGCUGUUCAAGUGGUGCCCCAGCCGUGCCCCGCCCUCCGUGGAUCAGCUGUAUAUUAAUAUGCUGCUAUGGCCACUAAUACGAAGGAACCUCACAGCCCACGACUCCUACCACUGCACCUCCUUCACCGCCACCCGCCCCUUCCCCACCAGGAGGCGAGGGCGUGGCUUCGUGGGGAUGCGUUCCUUUCGCCCCGCCCACGCCCAAGACGCCCUCUCCGCGCCUUGCCCCGCCCAGUGCAGACCGCCAGAGCAUAAGAAUUGGGAUUACUGCUGACGAAGACGCUGACGAAGAUAGAUAGAUAGAUAGAUAGAUAGACAGAUAGAUAGAUAGAUGAACCAAAAACAAACAAAUAAGGUGAAGAUAGACAGACAGAUAGAUAGACAGACAGACAGACAGACAGACAGACAGACAGACAGACAGACAGACAGACAAAGUUACAACACCAGCAGUAUUUAUUAGACUUAAGUUAUCUCAAUAAAAAGUUGAUAAAAAAGUCUCAUAUCUUCCUUGUACACACGCACGCACGCACGCACUGAAAGUUACGUCACUAUUACUGCGAAGGAAAUUAAAAACAGGAGGAGGAGGAGGAGGAGGAGGAGGAGGAGGAGGAGGAGGAGAAAUAGAAAUAAAUAGAUAAAUAAAUAAAAACUACUCUUCCACGCUCUUCCCCUUCAUUCCUUCUUCCCUUCCCUUCUCCAUUCUUUCCCUUCCUUCCUUUCCCCAUUUCCACCCCUUCCUAUCUUAUCUUUCUUUAUCAUUUCCUCUGUUUCCUUGUCCUCUCCUUUAUCACCCUCCGUUCGUUUCACUUUCAUCACAAUUCUACACACCCAAACACACACACACACUCCUCC